AUGUCUUCAGACUCAACAGCACAAGCAGGACCAGAAGCUAUGAUCUUAAGGGUUGUUGCAGCAAAAGAUGCAAGUCUUCAAGACUUGCAAGAGUUGCAAGAGUUUGAAGAAUGCAAAACUCCAACUUCAUCGAGCAACAAGAUUCCCACAAUUGAAACAUGCCCACCUGCACCAAGAAAGAGAAGAAGACUACAAAUGCAACAGUUUUCUUCAAGCAUCAAAAGAUCAUCGUCAAAUGCGUUGAACUAUGUAGUGAGGCAUGAUCAAGAGGUAGAGUCUUUCUUCCAAUCCACGUUUGAGCUUUCUAGAGUAAACAAGAGAUGCAGAAGUGUAUGA